UUAUCAUUAACCAAUGGAUGAGGCACAACCACUCUCUCACCUUUCUCGCGAUUCAAAUUUCUUGUACAGAAGUUCAAAACCGAAGGCCAACGACAAAAAUCCAGAAUUCCAGAUCAGAUAACAUUAAAUUUAUUUUUGAUAAUAGAAAAUUUAUUUUUGAAACGUAAAAAAAAAAAAAAAUGCAAAGGAAAAGAAUUAAAAAAGGGAAAGUCUCCUCCCCUAUCCCAGACCCGAAACGUGAAAGAAGCUCCAAAACUACCAUUCUCCAUCUGGAAAGAGCGGCAGCCCUUCCCCCCAACAAAAAGAAAGAAACUAGAAACCCUAGUUUUUCAUUUUUCUUUAACUCCUGUUCAUUGUAACUGAAGCAUCGAAUCGGUGCCGUUUUGAAUAUGUGAAAUGUGCUUUUUGGAGAACGAUUAGAAGAGCAAAAGGAAACUCAACAAGCGAAGGGUUCUGUUGCGAGUUUUGUUUUCCUUUUUUUUAUUGAUUGAUGAAGAAACAUCGUCGAUGGCAGAGGAUUCUGAUCCUCUCUUUGCUCUCUUUCUCUGUAUUUGCUCCAAUCGUGUUGGUCUCACCGAGACUCAAAACCCUCACUUUCAUCGGCCGGAACGAUUUUAUGGACGAUUUGGCCAGUAUUAACUAUAUGUCAGAGGAUUUAAGACUUAAUGCAAUUGAACAGGAAGCUGCCAAAGAAUUAAAAGGUCCAAAACUAGUUGUUUUGAAAGAGAAGAAUUUUAGUUCUGUAGUUAGUCACAGUUCUGAUGAGAAUCGUAAUGUGGAUCAAUCUGGGGAUGCACAAGAUGCUUCUAAAUCGUUAGAAGCAAAUGAUUCAGAAACUAAUUAUAAAGGAAAAGACAAACAUCAAAUUCAGCAGAAUAUAAUACAGAUGAACUCCAGGGAAAAGGAGCAAUCCAAUCAAGGAACAGGUAGACAUGAUCCACGUUUGCGUUCUCAAUCACGCAGGGUAACGGAUGCAAAGGUAAAGCAGAUGAGAGAUCAGCUCAUUAGAGCAAAAGCGUACUUAAGUUUUGCACCGCCAGGUAGUAACUCUCACUUGGUGAAAGAGUUGCGAACAAGAAUCAAAGAGGUUGAACGAGCAGUCGGUGAAGCCAGCAAGGAUUCUGAUUUGUCAAGGAGUGCUUCACAGAGAAUGAGAUCUAUGGAGGUUUCAUUGGCCAAAGCGAAUUAUGUAUUCCCAGACUGCUCUGCGAUGGCCGCAAAACUUCGUGCCAUGGCUUAUAAUAUUGAAGAACAGGUUCACGCACAGAAGAAUCAAGAGUCGUAUCUCAUUCAACUUGCUGGAAGGACUACCCCUAAAAGCCUUCACUGCCUCUCCAUGCGGCUGACAGCUGAAUAUUUUUUCCUUCAACCUGAGGAAAGGCAGUUACCUCACCAAAAAAAUUUGAAUGAUCCAGACCUUUAUCACUAUGCCGUAUUCUCUGACAAUGUUCUAGCUUGUGCAGUGGUUGUUAAAUCCACAAUUUCCUCUGCAAAGGAGCCAGAGAAAAUUGUUUUUCAUGUGGUGACCGAUUCUCUCAACCUCCCAGCAAUUUCUAUGUGGUUUUUAUUAAAUCCUCCUGGCAAAGCUACAAUUCAUAUUCAGAGCAUAGAAAGUUUUGAUUGGUUGUCCACCAAGUAUAAUUCAACAUUGAAGGAACAAAAGUCCUAUGAUCCAAGAUAUACUUCAGCCCUUAACCAUCUUCGGUUCUAUCUGCCAGAUGUCUUUCCAGCACUGAAUAAGAUUGUGCUCUUUGAUCAUGAUGUGGUAGUGCAAAGAGAUUUAACUGGAAUUUGGAGUGUUGACAUGAAGGGGAAAGUAAAUGCAGCAGUGGAGACUUGUCUGGAAAGUGAAGCUUCGUUUCAUGCAAUGCAUAUGUUUAUGAACUUUUCAGACCCAUUUUUGGCUAAGAGGUUUAAUGCUAAUUUUUGCACAUGGGCAUUUGGCAUGAACUUGUUUGAUCUCCAAGAAUGGAGAAGAAAAAAUUUAACCACACUUUACCGAAAUUACUUGCAACUGGGACUUAAGAGGUCAUUUUGGAAGGCAGGAAGCUUGCCCUUAGGUUGGAUUACAUUCUACAACCAGACUGUGGCUUUAGAAAAGAGAUGGCAUGCACUUGGGCUAGGUCAUAACUCAGGUCUUGGUCAAGGUGAUAUUGAGAAUGCGGCAGUUAUACACUAUGAUGGAGUCAUGAAACCCUGGUUGGAAAUAGGGAUUGCUAAAUAUAAGAGCUAUUGGAGCAAACAUGUGCAGUAUGACCACCCAUACUUGCAACGGUGCAAUAUCCAUGAGUAAUCAAAGAUCACAGCAUACACAAGUGGAAUUCUUUGAUUCAUAACACAUUACUGGUUGCAUCUCUCAUAAACUGCUCCGAUUGAUCUGAUUCUUUUAACAAUCUUUCAUGUAAAUUUUCAACUUAUUUUUUCCCAUAAUGUUCGGCAGUAAUCAUUUAGGGGUUGAGUCAAUUUAUGGCAAUAACCAAAGGUAAUAAGUUUCUGUAGGGACACAGCAUUGCAGGGAUACAUUUGUACAUAACUGAUAUCACAAUUCCACUAGGUUCAAGCAUAGAUUCUAUAUAUUAAAUUGGAAGCAUAUAAACCUUUUA